AGAUAACCCGGAAGUAUGAGGUUUCGUUUCUGUGGAGAUUUGGAUUGUCCUGAUUGGGUACUGGCUGAGAUCAGCACACUAUCAAAGAUAACAUCUGUUAAAAUAAAGCUGCUAUGUGCUCAGGUGAUCAAAGACCUUCUAGGAGGGAGCAUUGAUUUUGCAAAGGUUUUUAAACUGACUGCAGAUGCAAAAUUUGAUACCAGUGAUGUUAAAGCCAGCAUAUCGGGUCUCUCCUUUAUUCUAACGAGUGCUGCUAAAUACAAUGUUGAUGGAGAAUCAUUGUCCAAUGAGCUACAACAGCUUGGAUUUCCUAAAGAACAUUCAACAGCCAUAUGCAGGUCAUAUGCUGACAACUUAAGUAAAUUGCAAGAUGAAUUCCGGAGACAGAGUCUGAGGUUAUCGCAACUAGAGUCCGUGUCAUGGAGGGUUGACUACAUUGUGAGCUCUAGUGAACUUAAGGAAGUGAAUGAACCUUCAGUAGACCUCCAAAUGAAGAUAAGGAACCCUGACACUGGCACUGUAGACCCCAUAGCCUUUACAAUGACUGCAGAAAAAUUUAGGAUAUUCUUAAAUGAAUUAAAGCAAGCCCAAGGAUUAAUGGAAGGACUACCUUAAUAAAUGGACUUUGAAU